UUUUCACAUUAACCGAGCCAACCGUCAAAACGAAAUCAUUUCCAUUCAAAAUUUCGUUUAUUUCUUUUUGCUUCGAAAGAAUACUAGUUUUGUAUCAGUGAGAAGUGAAUUCGAUAUAUCUACUUCAGAUGUCAAAGAUAUUUAUGUAAAACAACCUAUUAAAUUCAGCGUAAAAUAGUCAUUAUGUCUAAAACGAAAGGGACAGACAGUCCAUCAAAAUCUACAGUCCGAUCCAAAACUGUGAUUAUGGAAAAAUCUAGUUUAAUCCAUCGAAAAUAUGACGAAACUAUCUUGAUUUGUGGAAUUUGUUCAAAAUGGCUAAACACACCAAGAACUCUGCCGUGUUUGCAUUCAUACUGCGAAAAUUGUUUGGCAACAAACAUUAACGAAUUCAUUACACGAAAUAGCGAAAAGAAAGAUGAAAGCAGAAAAUCUAGAGAGUAUGAAUGCCAUCAGUGUAAAAAGGCCAUACCACUAAAAAGUACCCCUACACCAAACAAAUGGAUAGAGGGAUUUCCGAUCAAUUAUUUUCUAAUGGAUUUAUUGGAUAUAGAAUUAUUGCGAAGAGGCGAGAAAACAUGCGGACCGUGUUCUAGAAAUGGUGAAACAUCGGAUAUAUUGUCUUGGUGUAAAGAAUGUCGCGAUGGCCUCUGUCAGAAUUGUGCCAAAGUUCACAAAGGAAUGCGCAUAUCUAUGGAUCAUACAGUACUAUUAAAAGAAGAGUUUAUGAAAGAGAUGGAAUUGUUAAAAGAUCUUCAUGAAGAAUGCAACAAACAUACUGGAAAGACGCUUGAUUUGUUCUGUGUGUUAGAUAAAGAACUUUGUUGUCCAAAUUGUAUUGCAGAGGAACACCGUAGAUGUGACAGAGUUAUUUCGAUUUCUGAUGCUGUCAAGAAAAGCAAAUUAGAAAAAGAGCCAGAUUUUCUCAACAAAACUUUGGAGCAAUACGAAAACCAUAUAGACGGAAUGAUUGGUGAUCGAUCAAACCACCUCAUGUACUUGGAAGAAGAAAAAACCCGACUUCUUGAAAAUUUUGCAUCGAUACGUAUUAAUAUCAUCAAUAUCCUGGAUAAACUUGAAAAAAAUCUGAAACGGGAUAUCAGUCAAAUCCACAACGCAGAAGUUAAGAAAUUGCAGAUAGAGAUGGACAUAAGUAAACGAAUGCUUUUAGCUGUUUCUAACGCCCACAAGUUAAUGAAUGUGGCUGAAGUACAUGCUUCCGAUUCUAGACUUCUGCAUAUGAUGGAAUCCAUAAGAACGCAAUGUAUUUGGUAUGAGGACGCCAUGGGAAAAAUGCGGUCUCAAGUCCAGGAUUGUCAAUAUUUGUUUGAGGUGGGCCAUGCUAUAGAAGUUAUGCAAACAAAAGUAAAAGAAAUUGGUAAAAUAUCCGUGCGGUACUCCCCGUCAAAAUUACCGCCAUUCCCAAAUGUAAUUUCUGUUGAACAGAAUAAUACCCAUUCGAAUCUUAAUAAGUCUACUCUUUCCUUGCGUGGAAAACGUUCAGAGAUGGUAAAAACUUUCAGUGCGCAUGAACAUGAUGAGGUAAAUGAUAGUUGGUUCACUGGCGCUGCGUUUCUUUCAGAUGGUCGGCUAAUUUUAGUUGACAGACAAAACAGAAAAAUUAAGCUGUUUGCAAAGAACUAUCGACAGCUUAACAGUAUGAAAUUCAACUCUAAACCUUGGGAUGUGACAACCAUUAGCCCUUCCGAGAUUGCAGUGACACUUCCAGAGGAGCGAGCAAUCCAAAUUCUAAAUGUCAGCGACAUCGGGUUUUCUCUUGGAGAUUAUUUCAUUACAAGCGAAGCAUGUUAUGGAUUGACAUAUGUUCGUGGUAAAUUUUUCACUCUAGCCUACGAUGGAUUACCACCAUCACUGAAAAUCCUGGAUUCUGAUGGAAAAGAACUGGCAUCAGUUGCAUAUGACGACGAUGGGUCACAGCUAUUUUCCCGUCCAAUAUAUAUAACUGCUAACGGGAAAGGUACUAUGAUUUACGUUGCCGACGAACGACGUGGAUCUGUAACAACACUGAUUGAAACAGCAGAGCAUUGUUAUUCUUACUCAAGUGUAGAUUUAGGACACGCAGCGGGUCUUGCUCUUGACAAUGAAGAAAAUUUAUAUGUUUGUAGAAAUCACGCAAAGAGUGUCCAAGUAGUUUCACCGGAAGGUGACAGAGUAAAGACUCUUAUAUCUCAUGACAUGAUAUCAUAUCCUCGUGCAAUCGCAUUUGAUGUUAAUGAUGAACGAUUGCUUAUAACACAAGGAGAUAAGAGUGAGGUGAAAGUGUUCCAGUUAGUAUUAUAAUUAAUUAAGUCAUGAACUUUUAUACUUCAUGUAGUAAAUAUUUUUUUUAUAGAUAUAGAAUAUACUUGAAAAAUAGAAAAAUAUAAUUAGUUGUGAUGGUCUUAAUUACAAUAAAAAGAGUCAAUUUUAUCAACUACACACAAUUAUGAUAUAAUAACAACCAUUUAUCUACCCCCUCCCCCCCCUCCACACACACAUUCACUUAACAGACUCUUAAAACAAUACAUGUACUACAGCUAAACACAUUUACAAUUAUCACAUGCGCGCCUGUAGCACUGAGAGACAAAUGUUGGACAACAGAAGUAAUUCUAUCAUACAUUGUCAACAUGAAUGUAUUUAAAAACUGCUAUGGAAAGAUUAAAGGGAAAUAAGUAAUUUUUAAAUGAAACUUUGCUAUCUGAUAUACUGUCUUUAACAUUUAAAACAAAUGAAUACAUUUAAAGUCAUUGUAUUUAUGAUUUUGAAAACAAAGAGUGCAGGUUACCAUUGAAAAUAGUGGUUAUUAUAGAACAUUUAACAUGGGAAACCAAAUUAACACAUGUUUUUCGAAGUUUUGAUCUUGAGAAAUGGGGAACAAGAACAGUGUAUACGUGGAUGUAAAUCUGAAAGACGAAUUCUUGUCAGAUACUUUAAAUUCACAUAAUAAAUAUAGAUCAAUCCAUAACAGUCCUCCUCUAACACACGCAGAGGAUCUCAGUGAACUAGCUCAUAAAAUAGCCUUUUAUAUUUCUACUAGAAACAAAGACCUAAGAGGUCGACUUACUAAGGAUAGAAUAGAGAAUACACCUGGAGAAAAUACAGCUGUAAAAAUAUUAACAAGAGACCAAGAUUACUCAGGAGAAGAAGUUACUGGAGACUGGUAUGAUGAAAUUAAGUACUAUAGAAAUUAUUUUGAUAAGGAGCCACCAUCAGAGCUGAAAAAUCCGGAUGUUAAAAAUUUCACAAACUUCACACAACUUUUAUGGAGGAAUAGCAAAGAAGUCGGAUUCGGUAAAAUUAAAGCUAACAACCGUGUAAUAGUUGUAGGCUGUUACAGACCAGCAGGAAACAUAAAAGGGCAAUAUCAACAAAAUGUUUUACCACCAGUCCAAAAAUCUGGUUGUUGUUCUUGCUGUUAACUGUGUGAGGAAUUCUUGAAAUUUUAUCAAAUUUUCAAAAUCUCAUUUCUUGAAAGGUUCUUAUCAACAUCAAAAAGUUUUGAACUACAUUUGUUGCUUUAGAAUAGUUCAAGAACAUGUAUCGAACGUAUUCAAGAACUUGUUUUGAACUACUUCCUGACCGGUAUUUAAUUUAUGUAAAGACCUGUCGGGAUUUGUUUAAAAUUGGCUUAUGAAGUAGUCUUAAAAUGAACCAGAUCUAUAAAAAUUGCUCAAGUAACUGAGAGUCGAAAAUGAAUGUAGAAAUUCAACUCUUGAUCAAAUACAAAAAAAUGAUAAACACAACUAUGUAACAUGCAUUUGCCGUAUAAAGUUGAACUGUGAUAACUUAUUUGUAUUAAAUUAAAUUGAAAUAAAAACAAAACUUCCAUUUAAUGUUAUCAUUUUCUCUCCUUCAAUAGCAAACGGUGAGUACAACAGGCUUAAAGAGCUUGGUGUAAAGUUGGUUUAAAAAGUUGCUAUGUGAAUAAAUUCAAUAUAUUUUUACUGGCUGUAAACCUCUUUGGAACAUACCAAUUAUUCGUAUAUGUUUGCAGCUAUAUCAGAGAAGUUCAGGGUGGACAUUCCAAAUGAAUCGACUGAUAUGCAGCAGAGAUUAACAUUUUUUAGAUUUCAGAUUCACAAGCUUCUAAUGCAAUUAUCUCGAUAAAUUCUGAACAUAAAACAUCGUGUAAUAACACAGUUUAACAAAUAAAUUCUUUAAAAUG